AGGAAGGAAGGAGGAAUGUUUACUCGGUAGAGAUGAGCCAGGUUUGCCGCCGACGGUGGGCUUCGGUGUGGAAACGCGCGCGGACUCUGCCCCGGCUGCUACACAGUGUAGCUCGGACGCUGUGAGUUUCAAGGAUCCGGUGAAAGGGAGAGAGUGGACGAUGAAAAUGGACAUGGAGGAUGCUGACAUGACUCUGUGGACAGAAGCUGAUUUUGAAGAGAAGUGCACGUACAUUGUAAACGAUCACCCGUUGGAUCCCAGUGCUGAUGGAAGCACCCUAACUCAGGCAGAGGCUUCCUUGCCAAGGAACUUGACUUUCAAAUACGCAUCUAACUGCAAAGAGGUCACUGGAGUUAUAAGCAAAGAGUACAUCCCGAAAGGAACGCGCUUCGGACCCCUGGUAGGAGAGAUCUAUACCAGCGAUACGGUUCCCAAGAAUGCAAACAGAAAAUACUUUUGGCGGAUCUAUUCCAGUGGUGAACUUCACCACUUCAUUGAUGGAUUUAAUGAGGACAAGAGCAACUGGAUGCGUUAUGUAAACCCUGGCUACUCUGUUCAGGAACAGAACUUGGCUGCUUGUCAGAAUGGAAUGAACAUCUACUUCUACACCAUCAAGCCCAUCCCUGCCAACCAAGAGCUGCUUGUGUGGUAUUGCCGAGACUUUGCAGAGAGGCUGCACUAUCCCUCCUCCAGAGACCUGACAAUGAUGAACCUCACACAAACCCACGUUAAUCCAAAGCAGCACAGUGCUGAUAAAGAUGAAUUCUAUCAGAAAAGCAUCCCAAAGAAGGAGCACAGUGUGAAAGAAAUCCUGAAAAUGGAAUCCAAUCCUCCAAAAGGAAAAGACUUCUUCCAGACCAACAUUUCACCGGUUACUCCAGAAAAAGACUUGGAUGAUUUGCGUAAGAACUACAGCCCCGAGAGGUGUUUCUUCCCUCGAGUUGUCUACCCUAUCCGACCUCACAUUCCAGAAGACUAUCUGAAAGCUUCCCUGGCAUAUGGGAUGGACAGACCCAGCUACAUGACUCACUCGCCCAUCCAGACGUCUACUACUCCGAGUCCUUCUGGGAGGAGCAGCCCAGACCCAAGUUUAAAAAGUUCAAGCCCUCACAGCAGUCCAGGGGUGACGGUUUCGCCUCUGGCACCUACUUCCCAAGAGCACAGAGAGUCAUACUCCUACUUGAACGGAUCGUAUGGCUCAGAAGGAUUGGGGUCCUACCCUGGAUACGCACCCCCUGGCCACCUCCCCCCUGCCUUUCUACCAUCCUACAACCCCCACUACCCCAAAUUCCUGUUACCUCCGUUCAAUAUGAGCUGCAAUAACCUGAGUGCUUUGAACAAUAUCAACGGCAUCAACAAUUUCAAUCUCUUCCCACGGAUGUACCCUCUUUAUGGCAACCUGCUCAGUGGGGGCAGCCUUUCCCACCACGUGCUGAACCCCACCACACUCCCCAGCUCCUUGCCCAGCGAAGGAGGCCGCCGGUUGCUGCAGCCAGAUCAUCCGAGAGACUUCCUCAUCCCAGCCCCCAACAGUGCCUUCUCCAUCACGGGCGCUGCUGCCAGCAUGAAGGACAAGCCAUGCAGCCCCACCAGUGGGUCACCCACGGCUGGUACAGCCGCCAGUUCAGAACACAUAAUGCAACCUAAACCUACCUCAGUGGUGUUGGCUGCCACCGGCGGGGAAGAAGCCAUGAAUCUCAUCAAAAGCAAGAGGAACGUGACCGGUUACAAAACCCUCCCGUACCCACUGAAGAAGCAGAACGGGAAGAUCAAGUACGAAUGCAACGUUUGUUCCAAGACCUUUGGCCAGCUCUCCAAUCUGAAGGUGCACCUCCGAGUACACAGCGGAGAGAGACCAUUUAAAUGCCAGACUUGCAAUAAAGGCUUCACGCAGCUGGCCCACCUCCAGAAGCACUAUCUGGUACACACGGGAGAGAAGCCCCAUGAGUGUCAGGUUUGUCACAAGAGGUUCAGCAGCACCAGCAAUCUCAAAACCCACCUGCGGCUCCACUCUGGAGAGAAGCCUUACCAGUGCAAGCUCUGCCCCGCCAAAUUCACCCAGUUUGUGCACCUGAAGCUGCACAAGCGUCUCCACACCCGGGAACGUCCCCAUAAAUGCAUCCACUGCCACAAGAGCUACAUUCACCUCUGCAGCCUCCAGGUCCACCUGAAGGGCAACUGCCCCGUCGCCCCUGCCUCCGGCCUCUCCAUGGAGGACCUGAAUCGAAUCAACGAGGAGAUCGAGAAGUUCGACAUCAGCGACAACGCCGACAAGCUGGAAGAAGUGGAGGACAAUAUCGACUUGACAUCCAUCGUGGAGAAGGAUAUACUGACCAUGCUCAGGAGGGAGAUGGAAGGAGCUAAUCUGAAAGUGUCUCUGCAGAGGAACCUGGGAAACGGACUUAUCUCCUCAGGAUGCAACCUUUACGAGUCGUCAGACAUGUCCAUGAUGAAGUUGCCUCACGGUCACCCACUACCUCUGUUACCUGUAAAGGUCAAGCAAGAAACAGUUGAACCAAUGGACCCUUAAGACUUUCUGGCAAAGUGAUUUUUUUUUUUUUUUUUAAAUUUUAUUUAUGACUUGGCAAGUCAGGGUGCCUGUAGCAGUUGCUUGUACAUAGUUUCAAUGCUGCAAAGCAAUCUUGGCUUACAGUAGUUUCCCUACGCUCUCCAGUUGAAAGAAGGAACUCCAAAGUUACUGUUUUCUCAGGGCAUAAAGAGGGGCAAAGGACUGUGCAUUGCCUCACCAGUUACUAAAAGACAA